AUGUACCCAGAAGCUACCUCCGCAGGCCCUUAUCUCCGUUUCCACCCAUCAUAUAACCCUGUUUCGGUAUGUACAGAUAUUCGAUAUCAAACCCUAGCUGUCCAUCCGGAUUUGAAUUGGCAAAGCGGAAAUUCGGAGUCUGUCCAUAACAAUUACUCCUUUGUGACGUAG